AUGGCAGCCAAGCGGCCAAUGUCCUCGCUGCGGCCCCCGACGCUGCACGCGGACGGCUUCCGCGAGGUCUCGGGAGCGGCGGCGGUUUGGACGGACAUGACCAAGGCGUACGGAUUCAUCGACAUCACGUACAAGGUGGCGUACGAAGACAUGACCGCCAAAAUCGCCAUCAACAGGCCCGAGCUACACAACGCCUUCCGACCGAUCACUGUCAACGAGAUGCGAAGAGCCAUGGACUUGGCCCAGGAUGACAGGCUCGGGAAGAAGUUCGCGUUAACCGCGGGUCUGGACGACCUGUGUGGCACGGGCACGUACGUACGUCCUCCGGGAGAGUCGGAGGUCUGA